UUUCAGGUAUGGCAUUGACUUGUUUUAGUUAAUACAGUAAGGCAGUCGCAAUUCUAAUCUAGAAUCUUAAUCGGAAUACCGAUCCUAUUGAUUCUACUUUACAUAUCCAACAACAGUUUUGAUUGAUUCUAUCCUGGGUUUUCACUGAUGAUUCGCAAGUCUUUAUUCCUGUAAAUAAUACCACCGUGUCUACGAAAGUCGCACCAAAAAUCAGAACAAGAUGACGCGUCCGCGCCGCUUAUCGGCCGCCAGCGAGGAGAGUACGGGAACGGCGGGCGACCAGGAGCUCGGGAGCAUGUACGAUUAUUUGGCCAAGAUUAUUCUGCUAGGACCGAGCGGAACGGGAAAGUCGUGUCUACUUCACCGCUUUGUCAAGAACGAAUGGCGAGUUCUCUCCUCCCAGACGAUCGGUGUCGAGUUCGCAAGCAAGAUUAUCAAGGUCGGCACCGGUGCACGACGGAAGAGGAUAAAGCUACAGCUAUGGGAUACGGCAGGCACCGAACGAUUCCGCUCCGUUUCCCGAUCAUAUUACCGGGGUGCCGCUGGCGCUAUCUUAUGCUACGACCUCACAUCGCACAACUCCUUUCGAGCACUACAGCCGUUUCUUAACGAUGCGCGGGCGCUUGCGUCACCUAACCUGACGAUGAUACUUGUUGGAAACAAGCUUGACCUCGCAAACGACACCCUCGUCGACACAAGCCUCCCACCCCCCACGCCGUCAAGCACGAGCUCUUCUAUACCGUAUAGCACAUCUGCCGGUACAGCCAGCGCUGGCGCUAGUCUCGGCACCCAGAUGCGAGCUACGGUUGCGCCAGAGGGCAGGGAAGUCUCGACCACCGAAGCAUCCCGAUGGGCAAGCAGCGUCAACGUUCCCGUCACGAUGGAAGUAUCAGCUUUCUCGGGUGAGGGCGUGGACGAGAUUUUUGGUAGACUGGCACGUAUGAUUCUAACUAAGAUCGAGCUUGGAGAAAUCGACCCAGACGAUCCGAUGAGUGGGAUUCAAUAUGGAGAUGGCGGCAUGUGGAAUGCUGGAGCCAGCGACGGGGGCAGCAUCAAGAGCUCUAUGACGGCAGACGAAGUUGGUCUCGGUGGCAUGAGAAGAAGACGUAAAGGCAAGAGUCGCUCUCAAAACUGGGGCAUGCGCGAGUGGGAAGAAGUGUUCACCCUAAGUCGUGGACGAGGUAGGGGGAACUGUUGCUAAUACGCCUGCUACUAAUACGGAAUGGAGGAGGAUAUGUCGGAGGCUGGCUGUAAUGACAACGAAUGAGAUGUGGGCCGGACGGAACUGGCCUUGGCAACAACACUACGAUGAUACCUACUUUGCGAGCGUCUUCACUUUUUUUGUCUUGUGUCAGGAGUUGGAGGCGAGCUUCGGAAAGAUCCUCAAGAAGACCAGACCUGAUAGAGUAAUAUAAGAUUUCUUUUUGUCGCGUGUCUUUUUACAAGGAUGUACAGGCCAAAGAUAUUAGGGAUUGGAUAUCUGUUAGCCUUAUCAGCGGGUAGCGUCCAUCGAUCUAUCCCACGAUGCCGAGACGAGCACCGAUAAGCGGCGUGGGAGAUGAGGCUCCGUCCUUUUCGGCGGACCGUCCUCCACCACCCAUGCACUUCGGUAGAUAGCCUUCCAUCAGGCCACGACUUACUUCUAAGCUAUGAUUUAUAAGACUUUUUCAUUUCAAAUAAUAUUCCGAGGGCUUCUUUCCGACUUAAUA